GAGAGAGAGAGAGAGAGAGCGCGCAACUGAGUAAGAAAAAAAGAGACGGAGGAUGUUUAUGCGAGAGAGAGACUUUAUUAGGCGUCGUUCCUCCUCCGACUUGUCGUGACUUCCACUAUUCCAUGUGCCUGUCCUUCUGUCCCUUCCUCCUUUUAACAUUCGUAUGAGCUUUGUCACGGCCUGUGUAUUCAACCUUCUCUCUCUCCUCCUUUUCUCACGCAUUACUUGCUGUGCACUCUCCAGUUCUUUCCGUUACAUUUGUUAUUUGUAGUCUUGUUGAUUCCGGGCUUUUGCAAGUAAAUUUGAUAGAUCAUUUACACCACAUUAUUCUGAUUAAAGAAUGAAACAAUAAUAAAAAAGCGAAUACAAAGGAGAGUUAGUGAGUGCAAAUUAACGUGUAGGUUGGUGUAUUUACACUCCUUGGCCGAUAAAGAGAGAGAGAGAGAGAGAGAGAGAGAGAGAGAGAGAGAGUGAGUGGAGAGUGGAGAGAGUUGUACAAGAGGAAUCAUCGCGUGAAGGUUCCGUCGCUGUAUGAGACAUCAGCGGAGCGCGCGAGUGAGAAAUUAAAUUUAGUACCACGAAAAGAAAAAAAUGCAGGCGAUCAAGUGUGUCGUUGUAGGUGACGGAGCUGUUGGUAAAACAUGUUUAUUAAUUAGUUAUACUACAAAUGCAUUUCCUGGGGAAUAUAUACCAACAGUUUUUGAUAAUUAUUCUGCUAAUGUUAUGGUUGAUGGAAAACCAAUUAACUUGGGCCUUUGGGAUACAGCUGGUCAAGAAGAUUAUGAUAGGCUACGACCAUUAUCAUAUCCACAGACUGAUGUAUUUCUCAUUUGCUUUUCACUUGUAAAUCCAGCAAGUUUUGAAAAUGUAAGAGCUAAAUGGUAUCCAGAAGUACGUCAUCAUUGCCCAACAACUCCCAUUAUUUUGGUUGGAACUAAGCUUGACUUACGUGAAGAUAAAGAAACCAUUGAGCGAUUAAAGGAUAAAAAACUUGCUCCUAUUACUUAUCCUCAGGGUCUUACAAUGGCAAAAGAAAUUGGAUCAGUGAAAUAUUUAGAAUGCUCUGCUUUAACACAAAAAGGACUUAAAACAGUGUUUGAUGAAGCAAUCCGUGCAGUUCUUUGUCCUGCUCUGCAGGUAAAGCCAAAACGUAGAUGUUGCAUUCUAUAAUAUUAAGUUGUUUCGUUACUGCACAUUCUCGCUGGAAGAUGUAUGAUAGCGUCAUCCUUCUUGAAUCCCUUGAAAGUACAGACGUUUGUG